AUUUUUUUGUAAAUAUUUGUUAAAUGGGCAAUUGUAGAAUGUGAUCAUAAUGGGCGGCUGCAUCGGAAUAACUAGGAGCAGAAGCGGGCCCGUGGGCGAGGAGUCUUCGGGGACGGUGUCUCGGCCUAAUUCCGGUGGUCUGCGGAAGAACCAGUCGCUGUGCCAUGAGACGAUCAGGUGGAAGUCGGACGUGCCGCUUACUGAGGGCCAGCUGCGGAGUAAGCGGGAUGAGUUUUGGGACACAGCGCCAGCUUUUGAGGGUCGGAAGGAGAUCUGGGACGCGCUGCGGGCAGCGGCCGUGGCGGCGGAGGCCAUGGACUUCCAGCUGGCGCAGGCGAUCCUGGACGGCGCUAGUGUGUCCGUCCCUAAUGGCUACCUCACAGAGUGCUAUGAUGAGUGGGGGACUAGGUAUCAGGUACCCAUCUACUGCCUGUCGCCCCCCAUAAACAUGGUGAAGGAGGCGAGUGGACGCGACUCGCCCGCAGAAUGGUCUGAGCCCGUGGAGGGCGGCGCGGAGGUGGCGCUCCGCCUUCGACUGUCGCACACAUGUCGUGACGUGACUCUCGCAGCCACCGCCAGGCACAGUAUAGCGCAGUGCAAGAACAAACUACAUGCUCAAGAAGACAUAGAACCGUGGCGGCAGCGCUGGUUCUACGGCGGGAAGCUGCUCGGCGACCGCCUUCUCAUCGAGGAAGCGAAGAUCACGCCCGGAUACAUCGUCCAGGUCAUCGUCAGCACCGAGCCUCAGCCGCCGAGCUAGGUCCACACAGACGGCUAGCGGGCUACGCCAGUUGAAUAAACUUUAUCGCAUCGGUACGUCCCUAGGGUUGCAAAUAGAAAAAAAAAUUUUUUUUUCAAAUUGUAAAAAAAAAACAUGAAAAAAACCUGUGU